AUGGCUGUACCUAAGCUUGCUUUUAAAGAUUUAAAUGUUGAAUGGAAUCAAAGUAAAAAAGAUCCUGAUUUAAGUAAAGGAAAAAUUGCAGAAUAUCAAUGUCAUCGUAAGGUGAAAACACGCAAUCUUGAUCAGUUUUGGACUAAUAGUAAACCAAAAUGCUUUAAACCGGCUUAUCAUCCAUACGACGAAUGCCAGUCACAAAUCCGUACGCAACCUUCGUCGUCUACCUCUUCAACAUUAAAUAAACUGAACAUUGCGGAUAUCGAUGAACCAAACGUAAUCAAUGAAAAAGAAAAUGUAUCUGUUCUAAAGUCGAAACAUGCAGCACCUGUACAAGCAAUGAGAUUACGUGAACUUAAUGAUACUAAUUCGCAAAUUGUAAGCUUAACAACAGUAUGUGAAUUUGAUUUAGCAACAUCUGAAAUCAAUAAAAGCAUAAAAAAUCUUUUACAAAUUCGUAAACAAAAAAAUUAUGAAUUAAAACGUUUAGCAAGUGUAGCAAAAGCAGCCAAAAAGUGUCGACAGAAGAAAACCCGUUUAUUAGCUAAAAUUGCAGCUGAAAAUCUAUCAGUUGGGCAGAAAACAUUCAGAGAAGACUGGACGUCCACCCGUUGA